UCGUUGGGUCUGAAGACUUCAGCUCUGCUACAUUACUCGUUAUUUAUGAUUUAUUGUUAUUUUGGACCGAUCGGAGCUACGGUUACUGUACUUCGUCCUAUACAGUUCUGUUUUUCUCAGAACAAAUUUUUUGUUUCAGGCAGGGGCUUGAGAAUGGAGCAGCAUGCUGAUCUUCAAUAGUACUCUUUAAGAGCAAACAUAGCUUAUCAUCUGGUUAGAGAUCUCUACUUGAUUUGAUGAUGCAAACCAAGAAGAAAUUACCAACAAGAAAUUCUACUCGAGAACAUGCCAGUCCAAGAAUAUCUAGAUCACAGAAGAAAGUAACUGAGAAUGUGCAACUUGUGGAAAGCAAAGUCACGGAGCUUAUUACAUCUUCUGCUAGAAAGCAGAGAUUUGGUGGUCUGCAAAAGAAAAGUAGAGAGCCAGUAGCGGCUAAAAAUUUGAAUCCUAGUCAUAAAUUGCCACAUGAUGGAGAUCGCAGUAGAUGCUUGGGUUAUAAUGCUGCUAAUGGUGCUCCGAUUGACCAUAAGGGAUCUCAUGAAGGAACUGGUGAACACACAUUGGAUACCAUAUUUUCGCCAGCCUUUCAUGUUCCGAAAGAUGGGGGUGUCAUUGCAAAUGGAGUAAGCUUCAUUAAGUUUUUCCCAAAUGAAGACCAGAAAGUCCAUCAGAACUCUGGAAUUGUGGGACCAGUUGAUACAUUCGGAAGUUUUGUUUCUCUACAAACUUUUAAUUCAACUGGAAAAGAUGAAGAGAAGAACUAUAGCCAGAACACUGGAAUAAAAGUCGCUACAAUAUGCCCUGUUGAGAUGGAUGUGGAUUCAAACAUUUGCUCUGAGCACUUAGAUAUGGAGAACAGUAGUCAUGAGAUGCCUUCUUCAGAAUCUAAUGGGGUGUCGCAGUGUAAUAAGGAUCAAGUUGUGACCAGUCUAUCAUCUGAGGUUUCAGCUAUAUACCUUGCCAUGCAGCAGUCGAAGUUGGAGUGUGUUAAUGAGCCCAGCCAAGAUUCAAUUUCUACUGACGUAUAUGUGGAGACUGAUGAUGUUGAAGAAAUUGAUGAUUUUGAUCCAUACUUGUUUAUAAAGAAUUUACCAAACUUGUCUUCGGUGGUUCCUACCUUUCGGCCCAUGCUACUUCCAAAACAAACUCGGAGUUGUCCCCGUACCACCCUUGUUUUGGACUUGGAUGAAACUUUAGUGCACUCCAGCCUUGACCGCUGCGAUGAUACAGAUUUUACAUUUCAGGUAAAUUUUAACCUUAAGGAGCAUACGGUCUAUGUUCGAUGUCGUCCCCAUCUCAAGGACUUUAUGGAGAGGGUUGCCAGCCUUUUCGAGAUCAUUAUCUUCACAGCUAGUCAAAGCAUCUAUGCAGAACAGCUUCUGAAUGUACUGGAUCCCAAAAGGAGAAUAUUUCGCCACCGUGUUUAUCGUGAGUCCUGUGUUUUUGUAGAUGGUAAUUACCUCAAAGAUCUGUCUGUUCUGGGCCGUGAUUUGGCACAUGUGAUAAUAAUUGAUAACUCUCCUCAGGCUUUUGGGUUUCAAGUGGACAAUGGGAUCCCAAUUGAGAGUUGGUUUGAUGAUCGAUCGGACCAAGAAUUGCUUUUGUUACUUCCAUUCCUUGAGAGCUUGGUUGGAGUUGAAGAUGUUCGGCCAUCAAUAGCAAAGAAGUUCAACCUCCACGAGAAGAUAGCUGCAGCUGUUUAUCCGUCUUUGAACUCAAAUAAAGGACUCCCUUUUGAACGAUGAGCCUAUAAUGUUUGUUGCUUGCUCCAUAGUUUGUACUAGUGCGUUAUACCCGUCCCUUGUGCUAUUAAUUCAUAUGUAA